CGGUUCAAUUUAAUCGCGAAAUUACUAAGAUUACUGGUGUGUGAAGGCGUUCAUGCGGUGAGAUCUGUUGUUGGCUGUCGAUAAGUACCUUCUUGACCUCCAGCGCUACAUAAGUAUACCAGAAGUGUUUGCCCCAGUUUGUUAAGUCAACGCUACUUGAGAACGUGCUAACAAGUCUGCGGGAACGAUAGCGCGAGAACCGCGACUUGAACCAAUUCAAGUGAAAACUUCAAGCGACCUCUUAGAUUGACAGAUACAAGCCAUUAAGCAAUCACACAAGUCUGCUCAUCGCAAGCUUUUCAGCGAGACACUUGUAAGCUAAGCCGAGUUCGACAACUGAACGGGCCUCAAACAAAAAACGACAUGAUGGUUGCGCGUGUCUGUCUCUUCUCCUUUGUCUCACUUAUCGUUCUCGCUGCGAUAGACGGUGGUAAAAGAGCUAGGCCACCUCGCAACAAUGAUGCCUUGAGUUUUUGUUCUUGGCUCAAGGAUAACCAACAAAAGAAGUGCGAAGCGCAACCUCUGCUCGGUCUGUCCGCGCGAGAUGGCGUCGAGCUAGCGUUAAAAGAGUGCGGGAAUAAUUUCAAAGAUCGUCGGUGGAACUGCUCAGGUGUUACCAUCGCAGACGUUUUUCAAAGACAAAGAAUGCUCAAAGCUGACGUCAGAGAAAGUUCUUACUUGCACGCUAUAGCAGCUGCUGGGGUGACCUUCCAGAUAACCAAGGGCUGCAGCCAGGGAAACUGGGAUGACUGUGGCUGCGAUCCUAAGCCCUCAGGGAGAGGAAGAAAAGAAGGCGAGCCCAGCUGGGAGUGGGGUGGAUGCUCGGAGAACUAUCGAUACGGCUACGAAUACUCUACCAAGUUUAUGGACCCGAGCAAGAGCGCUGAAAAAACAUUAUCAAACUAUCUCAUAAGACAUAACAAUGAAGCUGGAAGAAGGGUUAUCAAAGAUAACAUGGACAAAUCUUGUAAGUGCCAUGGUGUGUCUGGCUCGUGUACUGUCAAGGUCUGUUGGCGAACCAUGCCUAAGAUGGAAAAAGUUGCUUCUUUACUACGAAAAAAGUUUGAUAAUGCCGUGAAGGUGAAACUUAACAAAAACAAAACCAAGCUCACGAGGACAUAUCGGGGACGAAGAGGCCGAAAGAGGAAUACGAACAGCAAACGACCCCCGUCUUCAAGUCUUGUGUACGCCGGUAGCUCGCCGGACUUCUGCCGUGCUGACAAGAAAUACGGAGUUCUGGGCACGGUAGGAAGAACGUGCAAUAAGUCGUCGAUUGGCACGGACGGUUGUCGCAUGUUGUGCUGCGGACGAGGCUAUAACACUGUCAACAGAGUGAAAGACGUCAAAUGUAACUGUGCAUUUAUCUGGUGUUGUCAAGUAUCAUGUGAUAUUUGCAAAGAGGAGUGGAUUGAACACACAUGCAAGUGAGGCUGAGUGACGUCUCUGGAAAUCAAAUCUGGAUUAAAUUCUCAUGUGUUGUAUUCAUUCUCCACGCGUACUUUAGAGUAAACGUAACAAUCAGACAGCUGAAUCUUCAUUUUCAAGGAACGUAUUUUGGAAAGACGGCGUUGAGAAGGCGAUUUUAUUACCCUUGUUCGAGACCCAAAGGAUUCACUUCUGUCGACACGUUUUGACUUUGUCUCAACGCCUUUGACGGAACCACGGUAAUGAUUGCAAACCAUUGCGAUGAUUGCAAACCACGUAAUGAGGAUAACUUUUCACAUGGAGGUGAAGAAUGGAACGCUAAUUUUACCAGGUUUACACCAGCAUGUUUUUCUCGACUGAAGUACAUAGCAAGGAAAAUGGUUUCAAGCUUUAUACCGGACCCAAAAAUUAAACUUCUCACGAUUACUUUCCAUGAAACUACUUCUCGUUUUCUUCCAUGCACUUUGCCAGAAAAAAAAUGUCCAAAAAAAUUUGAUAGUGUAAUUUCGGCCUUCUCGUCGCCCAUUUUUAGGAACAGAAUUCCAACAACCGCCUCGUUUCUUAGAGUUGUGUUGUUUGCACUGUGUACAUAUUUAUGAGAACUUGUAGAGAAAUGUGAAGAUCUGAAUUGCGCACACACUCUCACAAAUUCAUCUCUAUCUCUGAUUUUUUUUUUCUGCUCAAAAUUAAUUCAGUAAAUCACAUUCUGAGGAAUAAGAUUCGUGUAAUCCACAUCAAUAGUCAACGCAGACAUCCGUCAUUCUCUCGCGCUAGAAGCUUCUUAAAGUUAGCACGAUGUCACAAUUACAGUCGCGUUACUGUGGCAUCCAAGAUCCUUGAAGGUAUUACCCAGAGUAGAGCUGAUUUAAAGUCGUCUUUCACUAAAAAAUGUAAGAUUCUUUACAUAAGGACAAUUGCAAGAACUUAUUCCCGUAAAUGCGAGAAUUCGAACUGGACUAAUAUGAACGCCUUGAAAAUAUAUUUCUUCCUGUAUGAAUUUUUUUUCUUCUCAAUCUAAUGUCACGAGGGUUAUCUUAUCCUACACAAUGCAAAGAUAUGUUUAUUAUAUAUUUCUGUGUAUACAAGCCUUUAUUUAUGAAAAUGUUACCUUAGGUAGAAAUCCAGUGUUUGAACACAUUGCACUUUAGAUCAGGAUAAAAAUCUCUAAAGAAAUGAAA